UUUACUUCCUGUUUACUUUGUGAGACUGACACACUGCUGCUUACUGCCUCUUUAGCCUGUAUGUCCGUGUUGUAACCCGCUGUUCUCCCUGUUUUGUUUUGUUUUUUUUCUUUAUCAUGGUCCACCUGUCCUGUUUGGUUCUGCUCCUGUGCACCGCGGCUCGGCUGGAGGCGGCUCCCGCUGGACGCAGCUCCUGGUCGGACACAGGCAGGUUUUGGCACAUUACUGACCUCCACCUGGACCCCACCUACAACCUGUCUCCUGACCCCACCAAGGUGUGCUACUCCUCCAAAGGAGUCCCAGCCACACAAGCCGGUCUGUUCGGGGACUUCCUGUGUGACUCCCCGUAUCGCCUCAUCCAGUCAGCGUUCACUCACAUGGCUCCGCUCACACAGCCGCAGGACUUCAUCAUAUGGACCGGUGACAGUCCACCUCAUGUCCCUCCAGAUGAGCUCUCUACACAAAUGGUGAUCCAGGUCAUCAGUAACAUGACCCAGACCAUCAGACAGCAUUUCCCCAACCUGACAGUCUACCCGGCCCUUGGAAACCACGACUACUGGCCACAGGACCAGUUGCCGACAUCCACUAAUGACAUCUACAAAGCUGCUGCCCGGUUGUGGAAACCAUGGUUACAGGCCGACGCCCUGCUCACACUAUCACAAGGUGGUUUUUACUCUCAGCUGGUGAAGCCUGGUUUGCGGUUGGUCAGUCUCAACACCAUCCUCUACUACGGUCCUAAUAAAGCCACAGUGAACAUGACCGACCCUGCUGGACAGUUUGAGUGGCUGGAGGACACUCUACAGAAAGCCACUCAAAACCUGGAGAAGGUGUUCAUCAUCGCCCACGUUCCAGUCGGGUAUUUACCUUUCACCAGAAACAUCACAGCUAUCAGGGAGAUCCACAACGAGAGGCUGGUCACUAUUUUCAGGAAGUACAGUCAUGUGAUUGCAGGACAAUUCUACGGCCACACCCACAGAGACAGCAUCAUGGUGCUUCUGGACCAGGGAGGUAAACCAGUGAAUUCUGUGUUUGUGUCUCCGGCUGUCACACCCAUCAAAAGUGUUCUGGAGUCCUUUUCCAACAACCCAGGUUUCCGCAUGUACUUGUUCAACCCCAAAGACUACUCUGUGUUGGAUAUCUGGCAGUACUAUUUGAAUCUGACGGAAGCCAAUGAGAAACAAAGAUCGGACUGGAGGCUUGAAUAUAUCAUGACGAAGGCUUUUGGUCUGACUGACCUGCAGCCACAAAGCCUCCUCCAGCUGGGCCUGAGCUUCUGGCUGCCACAGACCAAGGCCUUUGACAAGUAUUUCAGCCACUUCAUGGUGAGCUACAACAGCAGCAUCAUCUGCAGAGGAGGCUGUCAGCUCAACCAGGUGUGCGCUGUGCUCUACCUGGACCAGGUGUCCUACUCCAAAUGUGCCACAGAGGGGGGCGGGAACAUGACCGAGGACCAAAACCAAGGGUUUAUGAGGGAUCUGACUCAGCAGAUGCAUUUACAUUUUUAAUUACUAGUUGGUAAAUCUUUACUGGAUGUAAUUUUUACUUGAAAAUGAUUAAUGUUUGAGGAAUGAAAGGAGGAUGCAGUUUACUGUGUAUGCUGCACUCAGAUAUUUACCAUAUUGAAAUAUUUUACAUUUUGCCUAAGCUGCUUUUUCAUCAGAUGUUUUCAGCACUUACACACAAAAAAAAAACUCAGCGAAAAGGUGAAAAGUUAUUUAAAAUAAACCCACUUUUACUUCUAUUGCAGCUAAAAUGCAGCAAGGUUUAACCUGUUCCUUAUUUUCCUAAAAAAAUGCCUCUUUUAUGAUGCAGAAAUUGUCCUUAUUUCUCGCUUUUUUCUAACUUCUGGCAGUUGCCUCUCUUCCAUCUCAGGUCAUUCUGUGGAAAAAAAACUUUUAUAGAUAAAAUAAUGGUUUGGCAAUAUACAUCUUUUCUGGAGCAAUAGAAGUAAAUUAAUUUGUCAGAGUUCACAUGUCCUGAUUUUGCAUUAUUUGGGCAUUUUUGCACUGUAGUAUAACUAGUCUAUUCAUAGUGAAAUGGUGAGAAAAAUGAAAUCAACAGAAGACUUUUGAGAAACUGCACUUCGGACCAGUACAAACAACACUGUGAUUAAUUCAAUGGAUUCUUGAGGGAUUUUGUCUUAUGGCCAGAAUGAUAUAUUUCAGUUCUAUUUUUAAUACUUUAAUAGUCCACCUCAAAUUAUACUUCAUGGUGUUGGUACAUUCUGAAUCUGUAAUUUAGGAUUAAUGUCCAUGUCAGAUGUUUAUUUUAGUGUGUACUCAUGUUCUCGUAAUGUGCAAUUGGUAAUCAUGUCAUUGAAACUUGCAAAAAAAAAAAAAAAAAAAUCAGUCAUGUUUGAAAUGUAAAACAUACCAAAGUGUGUGUGAAAUGUAUCAUGUUAUGAUUGUCUUGAUUUUUUUUCUUUUCUUUUUGGUAGAAAAAAAGCACAAAAAUAAAAAAUGAAAUACAGAUCAUAUUGCACAAAUCACAUAGGGAAUAUGGAAGAAACUGUGACUUGCUGCCUUUAUUUUUUUUUAUAAAUAAAAUGUUUCUUAAAG